AUGGCCCUCAAGGUAGGAUUUAUCGGCGCUGGGAAAAUUGCCCAAUCUCUUAUUAAAGGGUUUACGAACGCUGGACUCACUGCCCCGCAGCAUAUCAUCGCCAGCGCGUCCAAAAACGAUGUCUCCGAUCUCGAAGUCAUACAGAAACUUGGUUGCACUGCUACAACUAAAAAUACGGCUGUGGUUCGACAAAGUGAUAUUGCGGUCUUGGCUGUGAAACCGAAUAUCGUUCCGGAAGUGCUUGCCGAAAUCAGAGACGUUCUGGAGCCUCCAAAACUCCUCGUGUCCGUGGCGAUGGGAAUAACCUUACGGAAACUAGAAUCUUCGUGUCUGGAAAAUGCGCAUGUUGUACGUGUUAUGCCAAAUACACCCUGCCUGGUUGCGACAGGUGCUACUGCUUUCGCCAGCGGACGUUACGCAUCAGAAGAAGAUUGCGAACUGACGAAAUCUCUCUUCUCUUCCGUUGGUACGUGUUACCAAGUGCCGGAGAGUUACAUGGACGUUAUCACUGCUAUCAGCGGCAGCGGGCCUGCAUAUAUGUUCAUGACGCUGGAGGCCUUGUCUGACGCGGGCGUGAGACACGGAUUACCGAGGAACUUGGCGUUGAAGCUCGCUGCGCAGACUAUGCUUGGUUCGGCGAAGAUGGUGCUUGAAACUGGACAGCACCCUGCUGUCAUGAAAGGAGAAGUGUGCUCUCCCGCUGGCUGUACUAUCGAUGCGAUGCAUAUGCUGGAAAAAGAAGGCUUCCGCGCUGCACUUAUGAAUGCAGUUGAGGCUGCUUACCUGAGGACGAGGGAAGCUGGCGAAGAGUAA